CAAGUGUGGGGGAGAGAGAGAGAGAGAGAGCGUGAGCCGGGCAGCGAGUGUAGUCCGCCGAAUGUCCGCCUCCUGGAACCGCCGAUGAGUCCGCCUUGCGUUCCUGUGCGCGCCGCUUGACAACGCUCAAGGCCAGCUGGGUCCACGGCGUCCGCGCGCGUCCCGAUCCCCGGGUCCCACCAGCCUUGGGGGGCUGCGCGUUUUUUUCAGGAGCACCUGACAUUUCCUGUGGCAGACCGACUUAUACUGGAGCAUGGCGCAGACCAACAGCGGCGGGCAGGGGACCAACGGGGUGGCGGACGAGUCCCCCAAUAUGAUCGUGUACAGAAAGAUGGAGGAAGUAAUAGCGCGCAUGCAGGAAGAGAAAAACGGAAUUCCGAUCCGAACAGUCAAAAGCUUCCUCACCAAGAUCCCCAGUGUUUUUUCAGGUUCUGAUAUUGUACAGUGGAUGGUCAAGAAUCUAGACAUUGAAGAUCAAGUUGAGGCUCUUCACCUCGGAACGCUGAUGGCCGCGCAUGGUUACUUCUUUCCCAUCUCAGACCAUGUCCUCACCCUCAAAGAUGACGGCACGUUCUAUAGGUUUCAGACUCCAUACUUUUGGCCAUCAAACUGCUGGGAACCAGAAAACACAGACUAUGCUGUUUACCUCUGCAAAAGAACAAUGCAAAACAAAGCACGUCUGGAGCUUGCAGACUACGAAGCAGAGAGCUUAGCAAGGCUACAGCGAGCUUUCGCCAGGAAAUGGGAGUUCAUUUUUAUGCAAGCAGAAGCACAAGCAAAAGUGGAUAAGAAAAGGGACAAAAUCGAGAGGAAAAUUCUCGACAGCCAGGAAAGAGCCUUCUGGGACGUGCACAGACCAGUGCCUGGAUGUGUGAAUACAACAGAGGUCGACAUUAAGAAGUCCUCCAGAAUGAAAAAUCCACACAAAACCCGAAAGUCCGUGUAUGGCCUGCAGAACGAUAUCCGUGCGCACAGCCCGACCCACACUCCGGCCCCGGAGGCCAAGCAGCCGACCGAAGAGGAGCUGCAGGAGCAGAUCACAUUUUGGCAAUUGCAAUUAGACCGGCAUCGACUGAAAAUGUCCAAAGUGGCGGAGAGUUUGUUGGGUUACACAGAGCAGUACAUAGAAUACGACCCCUUCCUCACGCUCCCAGAUCCGUCCAACCCCUGGAUCUCAGAUGACACUACACUGUGGGAGCUGGAAGCAAGUAAGGAGCCCGGUCAGCAAAGGGUAAAAAGGUGGGCUUUCGGCAUUGACGAGGUUCUCAAAGACCCCGUGGGGAGGGAACAGUUCCUCAAGUUCCUCGAAUCUGAGUUCAGCUCGGAGAAUCUCAGGUUCUGGCUAGCGGUCCAGGAACUAAAGAAACGCCCCAUCCGAGAAGUCCCAACUCGGGUUCAGGAGAUCUGGCAGGAGUUUUUGGCUCCGGGCGCACCCAGCGCCAUCAACGUGGACUCCAAGAGCUAUGACAAAACCACCCAGAACGUCAAAGACCCGGGACGCUAUGCCUUUGAAGACGCACAGGAACACAUCUACAAGCUGAUGAAGAGUGAUUCCUACAGCCGCUUCAUUCGGUCCAGUGCCUAUCAGGAGUUAUUGCAGGCCAAGAAGAAGAAGAGUAAGAACCUCUUCUGAAAGCUGUUCUUUCCAGGAGGAGACCACGGGGAUCCAAGCGGCGGAGCAGUCGUGUGCCAUCAUGCUAAAAAAAAAUGUUAAAAAUAAAAAAAUAAAUCAAUGCCAUCUCUCUCUCUCUGGGACAUGGAGAGCAGCCAUGUCAUCGCUCCAUCAUCGUUGUCUAUCGGCCCAGCCGGGUAACGAGUGGGCCGGGCCCGAUCUGUUCGUCUCUCGUCCAUCAGCCGUUGCACAUCCGUGGAGACUGGGAUGCUCCUUGUCCUCUCUCCUCCUCUUACAAUAACUGACAUUACAAGAUUACUUUGAAGAAACAAAACAAAAAAACAAGAAGCAUUGCUGGACUUGAGAGGAUGCUGACAAACUUGGAGAGAUGGGGGAGGGGGGGAAAAAAGAAAAGAAAAAGGGGCUAAAAUCCGGUUUUGUUCCGGUGCUUUCCAUUGUCAAUGCUGGAUCUGAGGCCUUCUUUCACUUCCUGCUAAAACAAAUGAUGUCAGAGAGAGAGAGAGAGAGAGAGAGAGAGAGAGAGAGAGAGAGAGAGAGAGAGAGAGAGAGAGAGAGAGAGAGAGAGAGGGGGGGGGGGGGGAGGAGGGGGAAUAAAAAUAAAUUAAAACAUAGACAAAUAAGCUUCAAAUGAUAAAUCUAGCCAGUGUCAUUGCUUUACAUGAUAUGGUGAAAGACUUUGUCACACUACGGGAAAGUGUUGUGCAGAAUGAAUAUACAAUAUAUAUACACACACACACACACCUAUAUUAAUAUGAUUGUUUAGUGUGCAUUUAUUUAUGUUUUGCUUUGCAUUACUUUAUUGCACUACAAUAAUCAGCACAUAAUUGGUUUCCAUUUCACUUGUAAAAGUCCCAUCCAAACCUGGAGGAAGCUACUGUCUGCUGUCUUAUGUAAAACAUAACUAGGUUUUUUUCUCUCUGCAUUUAUUUUUAUACCAUAUUUAAAGACACUUUUACUUACUUGUGUUAUUAAAGUCGGCCCUCUG